AUGACCAUGGCAAAGUACCUCUUUGCUACUUUCGAUGUGACAGCUCAGGUAUUCUACCGGUCUACCCUCUCCUUCGGUAUCGUCAACCUCAAGCCCCUUCUGCCUGGUCAUGUUCUGAUAUGCCCGAAAAGAGUCGUUCCCAGGCUUGCAGACCUCAAUACAGAGGAAGUGUCUGAUCUCUUUCAAAGCGUGCAGCAUGUCGGUAAAGUGCUCGAGGAAGUCUACAAAGCCCAAGCUCUGACUGUCUCUGUGCAAGACGGCGCAGUAGCAGGCCAGUCUGUGCCCCACGUCCAUGUCCAUAUCAUGCCCAGGCAUCCCACGGAUUAUAACGGCGAUAACGACCAAAUCUACCCUCUCCUCGAACAAUCUGAAGCCAAUCUUCAAGGCCAUCUCGCUCAGUCACAAGUACCGCAGGUUAAUGGAAAGACGGAGGGAAAGGGGAGAGAGGGUAGAUGGGCGUGUGAUGAAGAUAGAAAGCCGAGGACGAUGGGAGAGAUGGAGAGGGAGGCAAAGUGGCUCGCAAGCCUCUUUUGA